GCUCGAAGCCACGUGUACUCCUGAGACAGGUCUACCAGGCAAAGCGAAAGACCACCGACCUUGCGGCAGAUUGCGCAGAGGUUAACAAGUCCCAGCUGACAGAUGCCUUCCUUGCAGUGUUGGAUAAGUGCCAGGAGUACGGGUCAAAGUACACAAUGUGGACGGAGGCUGAGGAGGAUGGCGAGCUCUUCAAGCUAGACUGGACCAAGGACCAAGGGGGCUGCGACGGGGUUCCCAAAGCCAACACCACUUACCGGAUGGGCUGGAACUGCGAGUCGAGGCCCUACAGAUCUUUUCGAGUCAUGUGGAUUGGCGAAGCUCCGUCCGACCUGACGUACUCCAUGAUGCAGUGGUAUGUCGGCGACAACUGCACGGAUCCUCAUCGCAAGAACAACUUUCCAGUGGCAACGAACCAUUGUUUCAAUGCCCUCUUUGCGAACAUGUCAGUGAGCAUGACUUGCGACAGUGGAUCGCUCGUAACGCAGUUCUUCCCGGAUUCGACGACUUGCGAAGGCCAAGGAUCUACCUGGGCAGACUUGGGCAAUGCGACGCAAACGCGUUUGAUGGCAAGCUAUGACUCAAUGCGAUCGGCUCCUGGAAUCGCUUUAGGCGAAUGGGAUGGAUCCAACAGCGAUAACUGCGUUCUGGGCAGCACCGGUAACUCGCUGAGAGCUUGCGGCGCGGCGUAG